AUGGACAUUAUCUACCCGCUGGCGGUGCCCAAGGGGCGCCAGCUCUGCUGCGAGGUGUGCGAGGCCCCGGCCGAGCGAGUGUGCACCUCCUGCACGGUCACUUAUUACUGUGGUGUGGUUCAUCAAAGAGCGGACUGGAGCAGCAUCCAUGAGAAGAUAUGUCAGCUGCUGAUUCCGCUGCGCACUUCCAUGCCCUUCUACAAUUCAGAGGAGGAGCGGCGGCACGGACUGCAGCAGCUGCGGCAGCGGCAGAAGCAUUUGAUUGAAUUCUGCUACACCGUAGCCCAGAAAUACCUCUUUGAAGGAAAACAUGAAGCUGCUGUUCCAGCAGCUUUGCACUCGCUUCGCUUCCGCAUGAAUGUGCACGGCCUGAGUUCAGUAGAGCUUGUGCCUGCUUACCUGCUGUUGGCCGAGGCGAGCCUUGGUCUAGGCCAGAUUGUCCAAGCUGAGGAAUAUCUAUCUCAAGCCCAGUGGACAGUCCUCAAAUCAACUGAAUGUCGUUAUGCCACCCACUCUUUACUGCAUCGGAACCUGGGACUUCUCUAUAUAGCUAAGGAAAACUAUGAGGAAGCCCGUUAUCAUCUGGCCAAUGAUAUUUAUUUUGCCAGUUGUGCAUUUGGAACAGAGGACAUCAGGACCUCAGGGGGCUACUUCCACCUGGCUAAUAUCUUCCAUGGCCUUAAAAAGUUGGACCUGGCAGACACGUUGUACACCAAGGUCUCUGAGAUCUGGAGUAAAUACUUGAACGAUCGCUACCAAGUGCUCUCACAGGCUCGCAUCCAGCAGAUAGACUUACUGGGCAAACGAUUUGAGACCGACACUGGCUUGGAUGAAGCCCAGGAAGCAGAAGCCAUUCAGAUCCUGACUUCAAUCUGGAACAUUCGAGAAUCUACAUCUAACACAGCCCCCCAGAAAACUAUCUUUGUUCUGAAAACCCUGUUCAUGCUUUACUACCUGAUGAUGAAUUCUUCAAAGGCACAAGAAUAUGCCAUGAGAGCCUUCAAUCUAGCCAAAGAACAGCAUCUCAGUGUCCAUGAACAAAACACCAUUGAAGAGCUACUAAGUCUUAUCUCAGCUGAAGAAGCUCACCCCAUUACUUAGUGACCCAUGAACUCGGCAUCAGGGGGCUG